UUCCACACGACAAACGUCUUUCAAGAUGAAGCUACUUCUUCCUUUGACUUUGGCAGUGAUUGCCAUUUGCUGCAUGUCCUUUAUUGAGUGCGCCUCGUCGGGCGACACAGCAACCAAAACUGGGACAGGCACUGGAACUGGAACUGGUACCGGCACCGGCACCGGCACCGGAACAGCCACCACAUCGACAACUGUUGCUCCAACAACCACCUCUACCACGACCGCAGAAGCGACCGUGCACCACAGAAGGAUACAUCGGCGCAGGCGUCGCAACCUAAGGAGACUCCGACACAGGCGCGCAGAGGCCGAGCGAAGACGCCGAUUGGGCUAGUCGGUAAAAAGUUUACCUUACAUUUUUCAAAGCCUGCAGACAUGUAAAUCCACGCUUUUCCGAAAUAAAGUUUCUUU